CUUAAAUUCAACUCCACCUUGCAAGAGAACUUUGAGUUCUAAGCACGUCCCUUCCUCUUGUCGACUACGCUCGCUAUAGCUAUGCCUACUUGUUCAAGUUUCAAAAAGUGGUGGAAGCGUGUCACUGGCCGUCGCGGCGUAGAGAACUCGGCAAAGUCCAAGGCGAUACAGGAUGCCUACCCAGGACCCGGCGCAGUCACCUCGCCGACGUCAUUGCGAGCGAGUGUAGAGCUCCAGCCUUCGGAGCGUGCCGCUCCUUCAACCUCCUCAACGCCGAUACAACGAGCGACAACAGAUACCCUAUCUUCUGUACCUCCGGCGUCCGCCACCCUACAACAGCCAGACACAAAAGGUUCUCUAUGGGAUGAAGCCCUAGAGCAACUACGACAGACUGUGGAAGACCAAGAUAUCAAAGCCGCUGUGGAGGAGAUCGCCAAGAUUCGGACCAGUAACGUUGAAACAUCUGAUAGCAAGUCUACUGUCAAAGAUCAAGCCAGGGCCAUUAAGCAGGAAAUAGAGCGGGAAACUAAGAGCCGGCGGCACGACAGCUUUCUUACAAAUACUGUCUUUGUACUAAAUAGGUUUGUCGCAGUAGGCGAUGUCGCCGUCAGCUUCGAUCCUGUCCAUGCUGCUCUCCCAUGGGCGGCCGUCCGCUUUGUCCUCAUGACCUUGACCGCUGGAAACGAGCUGAAGAGCCGACUCCUCAACGGGAUAGCUAGCGUUACUUCACUAGUCCUGCAAUGUCAUACGUAUCAGCAUUUAUAUAUAGCGCCUGAACCCAAACUUCAGCCCCCUAAGGACACCCUGAGUGCCCUAGAGGCAUCCAUAGUUCAGGCUUACGCCAGGUCGCUACUAUUUCUCAGCUUCGCGAUAAAACAUAAGCGAAGCCGCAGUAGAAUAGUCGAUACUCCUUUCCGACUUGGCGAUACGGACGAGCAUGUAAAGGGUAUUAUCGAAAGUGGAGACCAACUCGCCCGAGCAGCUGAUAAUUGCGAGAAGCACUGCAAUCAUCAGAAUCGGGCUACGGUCAAAGAACUCCUCGGAUUCGCCGCAGAGCUGCGUCGAGUGGCUCAUGAUCAGAAGGCCUUUGUCAACCAAAUUAGCUACAAGGUAGACCAAAUUGAACAAAAUCUACAUGAUAACGACCACAAGACAGUACUCAACAAAAUCCCGGCCAUCGUAGGAGCGGCCUUCGACUCUCACGCUGAAGAACACAACUCAACCUGCCUCCAAGACACCCGAGUCGACCUUCUUCGCCAGAUAUCGGAAUGGGCUCAUGACCCUGGCGCCCGAGCCGUCUACUGGCUUAACGGCGCUCCUGGUACCGGAAAGUCCACCAUCUCCCGCACGGUAGCACGAUCUUUUGCCAAGUCGGGCCAUUUAGGCGCUAGCUUCUUCUUCAAGCGGGGCGAGGCCGACCGAAGCAGCUUGUCCAAGUUCUUUGCUACAAUCGCCGCCCAGUUGUUCAAGAAGUAUCCCGCCGUCGCGCCGUACAUGAAAGAUGCUAUCGAGACCGAUCCCGAUAUCUUCGGAAAGGCGAUACCAGAGCAGUUCGAGAAGCUCAUCCUAGAGCCUCUGUCAAAGACUUCCCCAGGUGCACACGCCGUUACAACGCUCGUUAUUGUCGUUGAUGCCCUAGAUGAGUGCGAGCAGGACAAAGAUAUCGAACUUAUUGUUACCCUCUUUUCCCGCGCUAAGACCCUGCAUUCUCCGCGGUUAAGGAUAUUCGUUACUAGCAGACCCGAGCUGCCUGUUCGCCUAGGAUUUCAGGCUAUUUCAGAUUCGUACCAUAAUCUGGUUCUUCAUGAAAUACCUAAGGGUGACGUGGAGAACGACUUAACUGUAUUUCUUAAACGCGAGGUCACGAGAAUCAGAAACAAGUACAAUAAUUCCGUAUACGAAUACCGACGCCUGAAGAUGGACUGGCCGGAACAAAGGGACAUCCAGGAGCUAGUGAAAAUGGCGAGUCCCCUCUUCAUCUAUGCCGCUACCGUCUGCCGCAUCCUUGAGGAUCAUAAAUGCGGCGAUCCCGAUGAACAACUCCAAAAGGUCCUCCUACCUGAUGGCAUGAGAAGUCAAGGGUCCCAACUCCACGAGUUAUAUAUGUUUGUUCUUCAACAACAGCUUCCCGACCAGGACAAGAAAAAAGAAAGGGUCAAGUUCUUAAACGACUUUCGAGAUAUUAUUGGGUCAAUUGUUGUUCUUGAGAGUCCCCUCUGCAUCUAUACUCUAGAGCAGCUACUCGGUAUCCCUAGCAGAACCAUCGGUAACAGACUUGACUUGUUUCAUUCAGUUCUAAGCGUCCCGGAUUCACCUGAAUUGCCUGUCCGGCUGCUACAUCUGUCUUUCCGAGAUUUCUUAGUGGAUUCUGAAAAUCAGAAGAGCCCAUUUUGGGUAGACGAGAAAGCGGCCCACGCGCGUCUGGCUGCACAUUGCCUACGUGUGAUGAAUAUGCGCCUCCGCUCCGACAUUUGUGGACUGAAACAGCCAGGCACAUCUCGCUUAACUAUUAAUUCCUGUGAGGUAGACAAAAGUCUAUCAGCGGAGGUCCAGUAUGCUUGUCGAUACUGGGUAUACCACGUAGCGCAAGCAGGCAGACGUAUUAGCGAUAGCGACGAAGUCCACACUUUUCUUACACGCCAUCUCUUACACUGGAUCGAAGCUUUAAGUCUAGUAGGGAAAGCUUCGGAAAGCCUCUAUAGUAUUAGAAAUCUUCAGUCACUUUUUAUAGCCGAAGCUAGUACGGAGUUAUCUAGAUUCCUCGACGAUACUAUACGCUUUAUUCUAGCUAAUUUGUGGCUAAUUCAAUCUUAUCCACUUCAAAUGUACUCGUCCGCACUUGUCUUUUUGCCGGAGACGAGCAUCCUGCGAAACAAGUUUAAGAGCGCUAUUCCUAGCUGGAUAUCACUUACCCCAAAGACUGAGACCAACUGGAACCCAUGCCGGCAGACGCUCGAGGGCCACAGCGGCUGGGUCCAUGCCGUGGCCUUCUCGCCCGACUCGAAGCUGGUCGCGUCGGCCUCUGGCGACGAGACGGUCCGGAUCUGGUCGGCCGACACGGGCGAGGUCCAGCAGACGCUCGAGGGCCACAGCGGCUGGGUCCAUGCCGUGGCCUUCUCGCCCGACUCGAAGCUGGUCGCGUCGGCCUCUCACGACGAGACGGUCCGGAUCUGGUCGGCCGACACGGGCGAGGUCCAGCAGACGCUCGAGGGCCACAGCGGCUGGGUCCAUGCCGUGGCCUUCUCGCCCGACUCGAAGCUGGUCGCGUCGGCCUCUGGCGACAAGACGGUCCGGAUCUGGUCGGCCGACACGGGCGAGGUCCAGCAGACGCUCGAGGGCCACAGCAGCGGGGUCCAUGCCGUGGCCUUCUCGCCCGACUCGAAGCUGGUCGCGUCGGCCUCUGACGACAAGACGGUCCGGAUCUGGUCGGCCGACACGGGCGAGGUCCAGCAGACGCUCGAGGGCCACAGCGGCGGGGUCCAUGCCGUGGCCUUCUCGCCCGACUCGAAGCUGGUCGCGUCGGCCUCUGGCGACGAGACGGUCCGGAUCUGGUCGGCCGACACGGGCAAUUGCGUGCAAGCAACUACUACCGGUUACGUCGUCUCUAGCAUAUCAUUUCAUCCUAGAGGUUCGCAUCUUCUUACCAACACUGGGAUUAUCACUAUAAAUCCGCUAGAUAAACCAGGAGCAGCUAUAAAUGCAUCUAGUCCUCUACCUUUCGCGAUACCUGGUCAGUCUCUAGCAGGUCUAAGUAGUAAUAGUCGAUUUGGGAUUGGUAUUAGUCCAGAAAAGAACUGGAUUACGUUGCAUGGGAAUAACUUGCUCUGGCUCCCGGCGGAAUUUCGACCAUGUCGUUCGGCUGUGUCUGGCUCGAAUGUAGUGAUCGGCUGUGCUUCAGGACGAGUUAUAAUCAUGGGAUUCUCCGAGAAUAAUUAAGCUGGUAAACCUGAAGGGAAAUCAAAUUUAAUAGUUAAAUCGUUCUACAAUCAGUCAUAACUUUAUUUUAAUAACUUUGCAAAAGAGGGUUCUAGGGGUCGGGUUGAAUUUAUAGCUUGAGUUCUAAUUGCGAGAAGGUUCGAGAUUCUUCUACACCUACCGUCACCGAGCCAUUGACAGUCGUCACGCUUUUGGGGGUGGUGUUUUCCGGAUAUUAGAU